CGAAUCUAAAUUAUCGAAGUUACAGCCAUUGGAAACGAGGUUUUGGAACAAACAGGAUUAUCUUAUGUCCAUUUUAAUGCCUUGGAUUCAAUUAUUAGUGCACCGAUCACGUCAAUUUAUACCCAAGGAUAUAGUGAAAGUAUUUUAGUUGUGUUAGACCACCAAAAAUAAAGCCUAUGGCCAAAAGAUAACGUAAACCGAGCGUGGAAACACAAGAAAUUUGGAUAAAAAAUUAAGAAAUUUCAUGAUUUUUACCUCUGUCCAUUCAUUUCUGUACUGAAAUGUAACUGUGGCAAACACAGUGAUCAAGACGUCUGGGAAAACUAGGGAAGGAUGAGUGGUCGCCCUAGGACUACUUCAUUUGCAGAAGGUGCCAAAGGAAACAAUCCAACUUUCGGAGGCAUGAAAACUAUAAGUAAAGAUGGGGGUAAGGUGACGACUGUGGUGGCCACACCAGGGCAGGGCCCAGACCGACCACAGGAGGUCUCCUAUACAGAUACUAAAGUCAUAGGCAAUGGGUCAUUUGGAGUGGUGUACCAGGCCAAACUCUGUGACUCGUCCGAACAUGUUGCAAUAAAAAAAGUAUUACAGGAUAAAAGAUUCAAGAAUCGUGAGUUGCAGAUCAUGAGGAAGUUGGAACAUGUGAAUAUAGUCAAAUUGAAGUUUUUCUUCUACUCCAGUGGUGAAAAGAAAGAUGAAGUGUAUCUCAACUUAGUGCUUGAGUAUGUCCCAGAGACUGUAUACAGGGUGGCCAGACACUAUAGCAAGUUAAAACAAACAAUACCUAUAAUAUAUAUUAAGUUAUAUAUGUAUCAGCUGCUCAGAAGUCUGGCCUAUAUACAUCAACUAGGGGUCUGCCAUCGGGACAUCAAACCACAAAACCUCCUAAUAGAUCCUCAGACUGGGGUGCUCAAAUUAAUCGACUUCGGAAGUGCUAAGGUACUGGUGCGUGGGGAGCCAAAUGUUUCAUACAUAUGUUCCCGAUAUUACCGUGCCCCAGAGCUCAUCUUUGGUGCUACCGACUACACCUCACAAAUAGAUGUAUGGUCAGCUGGGUGUGUGCUGGCUGAGUUACUCCUGGGUCAGCCUAUAUUCCCCGGGGACAGUGGAGUUGACCAGCUGGUUGAGAUCAUCAAAGUCUUAGGGACACCAACCAGAGAACAGAUCAGGGAGAUGAACCCCAACUACACUGAGUUCAAAUUCCCACAGAUCAAAGCACACCCAUGGACUAAAGUGUUCCGGCCUCGCACACCCCCUGAAGCAAUAGGGCUAGUUAGCCGCCUCCUGGAGUACACCCCUGGGGCUAGGAUUUCACCCCUUGAGGCAUGUGCACAUAAUUUCUUCGAUGAGCUUCGUGAUCCAAACUCACGUCUCCCAAAUGGCAGAGAGCUGCCACAACUCUUCAACUUCACACAACAAGAGCUGGCAAUUCAGCCGACCCUAAAUUCAGUCUUGGUGCCAUCACACGCACGUACACAGGAUUCACGUUCCUCUCCUGCAGCUGCCGCGGCCUCCGACAAUCCAGGACAAUCUGAGUCAGGUGGAGCCACUGCCUCAGGCACGUCAUAGCCAUCUCACACUAGAAUCAUCUUUCCAAUGAUUAUUACACGCACCCUCAAUUGCACGUAUCUGGAUUGUAACACACGUCUGGAUUAUGGAUUACAUCUGGAUUUUAGACGACAUCUUGAUUAUACAACACAUCUGACCAACAGGAAUAUUACUAAGUGCCAAUAUGUUUCAUGUAUUGAAUACCGAUGUACUAUAUACAUUGUAAUUGGAUAUCAAUAUAUUAAAGUUGGAUGUGUAUUUCUGAAUCUAGUACAACCAUGAAGACUAUGUACUAUGAUUGGAUACUAGCACUACAAUAUACGGGCAUAUGGAGUACCACACAGUGUAAAUACAGUGAUAUGUGACACUUACACUAUGACAAUAGGUGCAUAAUAGAGUAAUAUAGAGACACCAGGUGUUGUUUAUGUGCUGAUUGAGUGGAGUCAUUGGAUAUAGGCCACUUGCUGAGAGCUGGUCACUGUUUGUAGGCCAAGCUCAAUAUUUGUCCACUUCAGUAUGCCCCAUGGGGGAUUAUAAAGUGCUACCUAUGCACCUCUGUAAGGAGAGUUUAACUACAGGGUGAUACAUGUGUGCAGGUUGAUACACAGGUGCAGUAGCCAUGUGUGUGUAGGAAGAUACAUGAGAGCAGGUAUUUACAUGCAUGCAGGAAACAUCCAUGGCUUUCUUUAUGAUAAGCAGAGUCACAGUCUGUUGUAAACAAUGAAAGGUAGCACUGACUUUGUGGUACAGAUAUACAUGUUCAGGGCCAGGUUUAUUGCACCAGGUGGAGAAAGCUGGAUUUACUGAGCUUUUAGGCUCACAUGGCAUCAUAGUAGAUGUAUAGUGGAGAGGAAACAUCAAAUUUCUGUACAUAGUAUCUUUGCUUAUAUAUUAUUCACACAGUGAUUUCCAUACAAACCUGGAUGAGGAAAUUUUCAGAAACUUUUAAUCUUCAAAAAAUUUGAAAUUUAUAUGCACAUUGACCUCACUUCUGUGAAGUUUUGACAUUUUAGAAUGUUAACUAGUAUAUUAGGGGAACAUCAGGUUGUAUGUUUUCUUUCAAGACUCCUAACUACUGGCCAGGUUUGUAUGGGGGUCACUGAUCAUUGUUGCACUAUUUCAAAUAUUAGAAGUUUAGGAUAUCUGGUGAAAGUUAC